UUGUAAGCUUAUUCUCAAGCAAAAAAAUAUUCUUUUUAUGGAGGUGAUUAAAUUUCAUCAUGUGGUUUUUCCAUGACGUGUCAGGUUGUGUUAUUCUAUGCGCGCUAUUCGCUAAACAAUCGAUUCCCCGUUCUUUUUCCCUCAAAAUGUUUAUUGUUACUUUGUAUAUUUUUCAAACUUUUAUUCACCUGUUUAGUAUUCUAAAAAUUUUUUUUUAAUUAUUUAGAAUUUUGGCGUUUUUAAUUUAUUUUUCGUAGGUCAUUGUUUUUGGAGACUAGUACCAAAAUUCGUACUCGUACCUUUGUACCAAGGGUCCUGCCAAUAAGAAAUAGAUUUCCAUUCAUCGGGGCGGCAGGACCCUGCUGUGUACGUGUAAGGCCUGUACGACGGUUCGAAUAUGAGCGAAUUUAAAAUUUCAAACACCUCCCACAAAGCAAGAAAAUCUGCCACAAAUUUGUCUUCUGUUGAAAUUUUCUGUCGUUUGACCAUUUCUACCUCUUAUUUUGAAAUUCGGUUCCCUAUCAUACACUUUUCCCCUCUUUCAUUUAUCGAAUGAAAGAGGAAUUUUAACUCCCUCAUCCCUCUAAUUGUUUGUUCAAAAGGUAUGACUCAUUCCCCCCAUUGAUUUAAAUCCUUUUCACAUCACUGCGCAAAAAAACUAAACAUUUGUAUUUUUAAACAUAUAAUUUUCAAAUAAAAUAUUAAAAAUGUCUGCUCCGCCACCUUACAAUCCUCAAUACAAUUGUUAUCCACCACAGCCUCAACCUAAUUACGGUCAGCCACAACCGGGAUAUGCCUAUGGAGGUCAAUAUCCAGGGUAUCCACAACAGCAGCCACAAGUUGUCGUGGUAGAAAGGAACCGGCCAUCUCGUGACAACAAUUGUUGUCUUUGGGCAUUGUUGGCUCUUUGCUGUGGUUGUUGCAUAGCUGACUGUUGCGAUUAAUUAAAGAAUUUGACGAGAAUUCACUUUUCGAGAAUCACUUUUGUCCAGCUUAAGAAAUUGUCAGAGAGCCUUGCAAAAAAUUUUCAUUUUUCCUUUUUUCAAUUUUUCUCUUCAAUUUACUAAUGUAAAGGAAUAAAAUAUUCAAUUUUUUAAAGGUUUACUGAAUUAAUUUUUGGGACACAUUUUUAUUUUGGGGAAAAAUUUUCGAGAGUUAUGGCUCCCAAACACCCCUGUAUAUUCCGGAUAGGGUUGGGGGCCCGGUUCAAAAAAUCGGACCCAACUUCGAAUUUGGCCCGAAAGACUCGAACGGCACAGUUCGAUGAAGAUGAGACCCGAAAAAAUGACU